AGCAGCAUAAUGUUGUACAUAGUACGAAAGAGAAGCGGCAAAAGGAAGGACCCCAAUAUCGCACGUGUUGGGCAAAGAGUCGCGUGCCGAAAAGGCGUUUCCAGCUGCGUGUUAUGCUUUCUUCUUAUGGGGUGCGCAAGCGCUUCUACCAUUGGAUGAGGGGACACAUAAGUCCGUGACGGUGUGUGUUUCCCUACUAGCUGCUGGAAGUGCCUGGGGAAUCCCAUAAAUACCAACAUUUCCAGCACUUGUACACUCAUUCACUCGCUAGUCCUCGCCGUGGUGGCAUCGAGUGUGUGUUUCGUAGUGAUUUUCCUUUUUUUACAAUAGAAGGGGUUUGAUUUUCAUUUGACCGCGUUCAUUUUUCAUGUUUGAGCUUUCUUGGUGGUAAAUCCCGGAAGCGUGGAUAUUUUUGGGACUUUUUGAGUGCUUUGUGUGAAGUAUGCGAUGGAAUCUCAACAGUUUGUGGCAUUUCGGCCAAUCAGCACUGGUGGACUCCUGACCACCGUGGCUGAUUUGCCGGUGAGUCUUAAGCGUCACUACACUGUGCUCACGGAGUCACCGCUUGAUUUAUCUGUUAAACCCACCUUGGAUGCAAUUACCCCACCUAGCACUCCAUCUCCGCCAAAGAAGCGUUACCGUGACAUUGAGGUGAAGCUAGAGCCAAAGGCUGAUGGGGGUGAGGAGGUGAAUGAGAAAACGCCAAAGAGUCGACCAAAGUCAUCAGCAUCACGCUCAGCUGCAAAGAGUGGUGGUGGUGAGCAUAAAAGAACCAAAGCGGUGCGAAAGCUAAAAUUCGACGAGGACACCUCGUCGCCAGUUUCGGGGACAAUCAUUCGUCCAUUUGAGGAGAUUGAUGAGAAUAAUGAAGAUCAAAUUGGAGACAUUGAUCCGCAGUACAACAUUGUGGAGGUAACGGAGGAAGCCAAGGCGGAAAUAGCUGCAAUCCCCAAUGUAAUUGGUGCAUAUCGGUGCAGAUUGUGUCGCAAUGAGUUUGAGGAUGCCUUCGGAUUGGCGCGGCAUCGGUGCUCGUGCAUUGUAUUGCUGGAGUAUCGAUGCCCAGAGUGUGGGAAACGCUUCAACUGUCCGGCCAAUUUGGCGUCACACAGGCGUUGGCACAAGCCAAAGGAGCAAAUUGUGGCAAAACGACAGGACACUGCUGGUGAGUCAGAAAACCAGUUCCCAUGCUCAGAGUGUGGGAAGUUCUUCAAGAGGAUGGCAUACCUGCGAAAGCACAUGGCCACCCACACGAAAAAGGACAAAGUGGUGUCUCACAGUUCGCGCAGCAGUGACUCAUUCAGUGACCCUCCGCGCGCCACGGAGGAGCGGCAGAAUAUCACAGAAAUGAUUUUUCACUAUGCCAGCAUGAGGAAUACACCAUCAACCACGUCAUCGUCGGCGUCUGAGCGCUCAACACCCUCCCCCAGGAUGCAGAUUAUUGAUGAUGCCUUCACGGAGGAGGAAAAUCUCGCAGCUGCAGCCUUGGCGCACCUCCGCAAUGGACCGUCCGUGAUUCGUCAUACAACAGCCCUUGUGGUGUGACACGCGAUGCUCUUGCUAUCCCCAAAGGAAAGCCGUAGUUCUUAGUCAUUUUGUAUGAAAAAUAUUUUUUCUUUCUAUUUCUUAGGAUCCACAUAUAAGGUGUAUAUAAUAUGCAAAUUUCUCUCUCAAAUGGGAGAAGAAAAUCAUGCAAAAGAUGGGAAAAUCUAGUCAAGACAAAUAAUUUAUUUAAUUUAUCAAACAUUUCAUAUACAUGUAUAGCGAUAGCAUGUAAAUUAAUUUUUCGGCACAACUUCAUUGAAUGAUUGGAGUUUUUUCAGUGAAGGAUUUUUUUGUAUUCAGCACAGUGUUUGUUGUAUUAAAAAAAUGAUUGAAAUUACAUGAAAAAAUAUUUAAUUUUCGUGUAUUACCAUUAAUUUAUUGAACUCUUGAAAAAUAUUAAAUUUCAAUUUUCACUUGGAUUUAAUUUAUGGUGAAAGUUUAACAAUUUUAACUCGGAUAGGCCCAUAAAUUUUUUUUCAGAAAUUUGAUUUCAUUUUUGUCAAACGAAUUUAAGUUUAAGAGCAAUAAUUCUACUGUUUUCUUUGGAUUUAAAAAUUUCUUUAAAGUUUAUUGAAAAUGAAUAUUUUAUGUUUUUUCUUACUCGACGUAAAUAGUGCAAUUACUUAUAUUAACGAAAGACAUCUUAAAUGGACAUAUCCGAGUUAAAUGUUUAUAAAAAUUCUAAAUUAAAUUUCAUUUUUUGUAUUUUUUUUUAAAUUUUUAAAUGCAGCUUAUCUAAAAGUUUUUUUUUGUUUAUGAUUGGCCUUUUUCUUUUUUUAUUUCUUUCAUUGAAAAUAAUAAAAUUUGCAAUGAAGCAGGCAAGAGGAAAUAGAUUGCAAUUUAUUUAAAUUAAAAAGACAAUUGUGUGCCAUUUUUUUCACUUUGUAAUUUCUUUUUUUUUCUCUUGAUGGAUUUAAUUUCAUACUUAAAAAAAAUAGCAUGUAAAAAAAUAAAUUUUGUGCCUCUUUUAGAUUAAGUUUACAGCGUAAAAAUCUUCACCAAAAUGUUAAGCAAAGAUGAUUAAUGAUUAUAAAGUUCUUUAAUUUCUGGAUUUCAUAAUCACAAUUUGAUUGAUCAGGGAUGAAACUCAAUUUAAAAUACAAUGAGUUUUAUGAAGGAAAAAUCAUUUUUUUAAAGAGGUAAAGCUAUGAGUCUAACUAACUAACUAACCUGGGUAGGUUUGAAAAUAUUGUUUGCUAAAUAAGUCUAAAUAGAAUAACAGCAGUUUGAAAUAAAUUCUGUUAAAAAAUAAUUUUCACGACACCUUUCACAUAAACGUUUCGAACAUUUAGUUAAGAAACUUUUAAUUAAAUUAAACUUAAAAAAAGAACAAAUUUUAGUGUUCAAAAAAACUAAUAAUACCUACAGAUCUCACAAAGAAACAAGCAUUUGAUACAAAAGUUAAUUCUUUGUCAUGUAAUUUUUCAAUCAUAUCAUUAAUUAAAUUAUUAUUAUAUAUUUAUAUAGAGAAAAAGAAAAAAAAUGUAAAAAUUAUUUUUGUACGAUUUGAAUGAGAAAAAAAUGAGUAAUAUUCUAGUCAAUAGAUUUAACAACAACAACAAAACUAUUUAUUGCGGUCGAGUUUUACGCACAACAUAUAAAUUUUAUAAAUUUAAUUUUAUCGAAAAAUUUUGCAAAAAUUUAUCUGAUAAAUUUAUAUAAUUCAAUGUGAUACUAAAUCUUAAGAUUUCACUGAAACAAAGAAGAAUAAAAUAAAUGUAAAUCGUGUUUAGUUUUAAUGAAGGACAAUUUUCUUCAGGCGAGCUGAAUGAAUAAUAUAAAACCAAAAUGUAGAAUUUAAAGAAAAAAUAGUUUUGUAAUUUUUGCUUCAAAUAAAUAAAUAUAUCUACAUUUUUUUCAUA